AUGUUCAUGUUCUCAAAUGCUGUCCGGAGAAACGCAAACGAGAUCGUGUUAUAUCUCUCCCCAGGGCAACCACCACCAACGACGGUGCCUUUUGAACUUCAGAAUCAAAUUACUGCUGGAGUCUGGGAUUUACGUAUCUCCAGUGUGAUACAAGCGUGUUCUGGGUACAGCAAACCAUGGUUCGAAAGGAUCUGGAUGGUCGCGGCAUUGAUUGCAUUCAUCGCCGCUCCGAUAGCCCUUCAACCUGUUGUUUUCAGCGCAGUUUUGCGCCGUGAUUCACUUGGGCCGCUUACAGCCGAGAGUGUGGUCGAGGCAAAGGCAAUCUUAUUCGGUAUCUUUAUUGGCACCAUCCUCGUCUUCCUGCUACCCAUCGCAUUGUGGAAAUUGAUGGGACGUACCCAUGUAAACAGGAUGACAAAGAGGUGGACUGAUGCCGACCGUCAACAAUUUGGACAGAACGCAGCGCCUCAAUGGAGGGUGAAGAGCCCCGGGAUAUUCAGAAAUAGUAUCGUGCUCUCCAUUGGACUCCCUCCCGACGCCGCCAGACCAUCAUUGUUCCACCCCAACGCGUAUCUGCCAUCAUAUAUCAAUGCACCCCGAGAUGCUGACGCGGAUUAUUACUAUCCAUAUAAACCAGAGCCCGGGUUUCCUCGGAUGGGCGUCGUGGGCAACGUGCCGUUGUAUUCAGACGAGAAGCGUGAACUCGCUUACCAGAGAGUAUAA